AUGAAUGACAUGAACAACAAAGAAAAUAAUAACGAUCAUGAUACCUUGUGCUCGCAGAGCGAGAAUGUCAAGGAUGAUGCUUGUUUUCGUUUACUUAAGACCCAGCUUCCUCCGUUCUCUCCGCCCGUCACACAAAAGUCAUCUUCCCUACAAUCAUCUGAUUAUUCGGAAAAAAGAAAUGAGCCAGAAUCAAAUAGUUCACCAUAUAUAGUAUCUAACUUCACGAAAACUAUAACGACAAAUUCCUCACCUAAUUCCAUAAGCAAAAUUGGUGUUCGUUCUUCGGUAAAGGAAGAGCCAAUACAGCAAGAUAGUUCUUCAAUGCCAUUAUCUACCAUAGAAAUAGUUGGCAUAGCCCUCGGAGCAUUAAUAGUUAUAGCAAUAAUAGGGUUUUGUUGCUAUAGCUAUUUCAAACGUCGCUACGCCACAUUUCGUGAACCAUCACCUUCACAUCAGGAAACCGGUACUAUCUCCACGUCCACCAACAAAAGACCCGUGCUUCAAAAUAAUCACCAUAAUAGUACUUCCAAAUUUUCAUCACGCACAACACGCACAAUUGACUCAUAUACAGCAAUGUUAACCUCAAAUACUCAACGUGUCGACUCACCAUCUCCAACUGAAGGUGGAAGUAGUGGACUUUCAGUUGGUGGGCGUUCCACACCCUCAAAUGCAUUUAAUAUCUCAAAUACGACAUUGUAUUAUAAUGGGAUUGAAGUUCCACCUCCGGGUGCACGAAUUAUCCCGUUGGAACUACAAAUGCAAAUAGGAAAAGAAAUUAUGGCCCAAAGAGAAGAUACACGAAAUUCAUUAUUACCAUAUCUUGGCACAAAAUAUAAAUUACCUGAACGAUCAUCAAGUACUAUAAACAAUAGACCUUGUAGCUUAUAG